CAACUCACAAUCGACACAAACACAAUUAACAGAGAACUCAAACUGUCUGAAGACAACAGGAAGGUGACACGUGUGAAGGAGCUUCAGUCAUAUCCUGAUCAUCCAGACAGAUUUGAUGUUGAUCUUCCUCAGGUGCUGUGUAGAGAUGGUCUGACUGGUCGCUGUUACUGGGAGGUUGAGUGGAGAAAAUAUGUUAAGAUAUCAGUGAGUUACAGAAGAAUCAGGAGGAAAGGAAACAGUAAAGACUGUUGGUUUGGACUGAAUGAUCAAUCCUGGAUUCUAAGCUGCUCUGAACGUAGUGAUGGUUACUCUGCCUGGCACAAGGACAUAGGAGCAUCCUUCUCCUCCACCUACACCUCCAACAGAGUAGCAGUGUAUGUGGACUGUCCUGCUGGUAUUCUGUCCUUCUACAGAGUCUCCUCUGACUCACUGAUCCACCUCCACACCUUCAACACCACAUUCACUGAAGACGACGGCCUGCGCUCUGCUGCAGAGAUCCUCCAGCAGGUGGACGUCCAGCAGCGCCUCGUCCUGUUAGUCAUCAGGAUCGCUAACAUGGUUCUGGAUCUGGAGGACCGUUUGGGACCCAUCAGGUCUUCCAGACUGGCUUCCCAGUCGGUCAGGGAGCUGCUGCUGCUCUGCAGCGUCUUCCUGCUGCAGGAAGCAGGAGGAACGACGGGGAGGAGCCUGGAGAUCACAACCUCCACCUGA